AUGCUCACCAAGACUCUUCCGAUCGUUCUUCUUGCUGGCGCAGCUUCGGCAGCUUGCCCUCUCUCUGUCUCGAUUGCUCAUGCAGACAACCAUGUUGUGAACGUUCAAGUCACCAACACCGGAAGCGAGACAAUCCAAGUCUUCAAGGGCAACACCGUGUUCAGUGCCCAUGAGACCAAGGACUUGUUGGUAGCCGAUGCAGCUGGCAAUGCUCUCCCUUUCGAAGGAGUUUACGUCAACUACAAGAAGACCGGCCUUUCUUCCGACAACUUUCAAAAGAUCACGGCUGGAGAGACAAUCACGGUGCCGGUCAAUGCAGCCAAGAGCUACAAGCUUAAGGGCGUCCAGAAAGCCAAGGUCUCCGCUAUCCAAGGUUUCCGCUACGCCACAGGAGAGGAGGCUCCCGCUGCUCUCCAAGACCUGUCCUCCUGUGCGGACCAGACGACUGGUGCAGUUGAAGUGACUCCGGACCAAGGCAGCGCAGCUGAACAACACAUCUCUCACAAGCGCUCUGAACCUGCUGCCUCCCGCAUCCAAAAGCGCUCCAUCACCUACUCUUCGUGCUCGACGUCGCAAACGUCUACCCUCAAGACUAGCGUCUCAGACGCCAUCUCCAUGGCCGGUGCCGCAUACACCGCCGCCGGCUCCGGAGCCGACUACUUCACCACCUGGUUCAAGUCAACUUCGGUCAAGUCCAAGGUUCAAACCAUCUACAACGACGUCAAGAAUGUGCAGACAACCUCGCCCAAGAUUUCUUGCACAGACACCUACAACGACUGCAGCGACGGCUCGGCACUCCUCUACACCAUACCUAGCGCGAACGUCAUCGUCCCGUGCCCCAACAACGGCUUCUGGGAUUUCCCCGAGCUUGCCGCUCAGUGCAGCAACGACGACUACGACAAGGCCGGCAGCAUUCUGCACGAGAUGACGCAUUUGUACGGUACAAACGACUACGGAUAUGGGUAUGUUGCAGCGCAAAAGCUUAGUGCCACCCAGGCUGCUGCAAAUGCGGAUACAUACGAGAUGUUCGCAGAGAGUGUUAGGCUUGGUGGCUGCACAGUUGGUUAG